AUGUUUCAGGAUGUCAACAAAAAACGUCAAAACAGGCAGGCGCGACGCGAAGAUGCAGGAGCGAGUGAGGAUGAGAACAGGCGUGGCGAGGACAAGGUGAAACUCCAGGAAACCCAGCAAGACCCGCGACAAUUUCCGAUGCGCGAGGAGGAAGCAACAGCGGCGGCUGUUGCAGAGAGGAGGCGAAUAGGAUUCGAUCGCAGGAGAGAAGCAGCCAGCAGUCUGUCUGUCUGUCUGUGUCUCCCUUCCGUCUCCCUUUCUUUAAAACCCGGGAUGAACGGGGCGGUUCAGGCAGACACCGGCGAACAGGCGCGCAAGGGGUUGAUAGUUUGA